AUGAAGCAUGCGCAAUUCUGUUUUGCUUCCUGAUUGGAAACUGAGAAGAGAGUGUAGACUUAUAAAUGUGCAGGGGAGAAGGUGUGGGGGAACACUCACAAACAAAAUAAUAUCUAGCAGACGGUUUCCGGAACCGAAGCGACACACUAUAACAACCGGAGCAGUCGAAGUCAGCACUUUGCAAGAGGCACUUCGACAAGAGCAUUUGGAGAGCUUUCACAGCUGUGGCUUCUAACGGAUCGAACGUUUCCUCCUAAGAUUCUUCUGCAGAAGUUUGCAAGAUCCUUUUCUCGGCUGAUGUUCAUGGUGGACUGAUUUCUAGCUGCUGAAAGAUUUCAACAAUAGAUGAAGUUUUAGGUAUGAAUAAUGGUUCUGCCCAUGAUAAUGAGAAAAAAGACAUGUUUAAUCAAUCUUUUGACUGCUUCUUUUGAAUAUUUUUGAACUAUUAAAGCCAAAACAAAUAUGUCUAUGCCUCUUCAGAUUCAUCCUACAGCAGUAUCUAUUUUCUGCUGUUUCAGUGUACCAAACAUAAACUAUACGGAUCCUAUCGCUGAUACACCAAAUAUUUACGAACCAUAUUUUCAAAAUUUGAAUGCCAGUGACUAUAGUUGGCUUGGAGACAUAGAUGCGCUGGAUUUCACGAUCAACUCUUCUACAGAUAUUUACCCUGAUACGACUCCACCACGCCCGUUUUUUGGUGAUCACUUUAGAACUUUUAGAAGCAGAUAUUUAACAAUACAUGGAUAUUUGGCUGUUAUUGUUUGCAUAUUUGGAAUCUUCGCAAAUGUGUUAAAUAUCAUUGUUCUAACACGGAAAGACAUGAUUUCGCCAACUAAUGCCAUUCUAACAGGUUUAGCUGUAGCAGACAUGCUAGUGAUGGUAUCAUAUCUACCAUUUUGUAUUCAUAAUUAUGUAAGAACUAAUCAACCACCAGAACAGAAGUAUUCUUACGCUUGGGCAGUUUAUACUUUAUUCCAUGCUCAUUUUACGGUUGUAUGUCACACCAUUUCGACGUGGCUAACUGUAACUUUAGCUGUUUGGCGAUUCGUAGCCGUUAGUUGUCCAGCAGCUGCAAAAACUUGGUGCAGUAUGCCUAGGGCACGGCUGGCGAUAGCAUGCACAUACAUAAACUGUGCUUUGUUUUGCUUACCAGUCUACCUUACAUUCACGAUUAUCGAAGUUCAUCAUAACGGAUUGACUGGGUAUCGAGUAUAUUUUAGUGAGAUAGCCCAGAGCAACAAUCAAUUACUAGAAAAAAUAAACUUUUGGAUUUUUAGUGUUUUAACAAAGUUGAUACCCUGCAUAGCUCUAACUGGCUUGAGCUUGGGCCUCAUAAAAGUUCUUUAUGAGGCAAAUAAAAGAAGGCAAAGGCUUAAAAAUCGUGUUGAAAAUGACAAAACACACGACAGAACAACAAGAAUGCUCCUUGCAAUCCUCCUGCUGUUCCUCAUCACAGAGUUUCCAUCAGGUAUCGUGGCUCUCCUCAGUGGAAUUUUGGGUAAAGCUUUCUUCGACAAUGUUUACUUGAAUCUGGGAGAGUUUGUAGAUUUGUUGGCUCUUCUUAACAGCGCUAUUAAUUUCAUUCUUUAUUGCUCAAUGAGUCGCCAAUUCAGGGAUACUUUCGCCAAUUUGUUUACGCCAAAAAUUGUCUCUAAAUGGAUGGCUGUUCCAACUGAACCAAAUACAACUGUAGACACAACAUGUGUAUAACUGUAGAACGAUUAAGGGUUCAUAAAAAUAAUAGCCAAUUCGGUCAUUCAAUGUAUUUUAAAUAAAAAUUUUAGUUUUGAGUUUGGCAUUGCUGGCUGAAUUGGCUGACUAAUUGUUCAGUCGAAAACAAAACUAUGAUGGUGCUGAAGAGUAUAGUGCAAAUUUUGUAAAAAUCUUGAAAUGUUCAAUAUGUGACAAAAAAUUUAAAUUACUGAAAAAGUUAAAAUUCAG